GAACAGAAGACGCGGUACCCUAAAAAAAAAACAGGAGACGGGCGGAGACGGAGGCGACCGCCGCCCCGACGCCCUGCCGCACCCCCGACGCUCCGCCGCCCCGACGCCCCGCCGCACCCCCGACGCUCCGCCGCCCCGACGCCCCCCGAGACUCCGACACUCCGCCGCCCCGUCGCCCCUCCGACGCUUCGCCGCCCCGACGCACCUCCGACACUCCGCCGCCCCGACGCACCCCCAACACUCUGCCGCCCGACGCUCCGUCGCUCCGCCGCCUCCUCGACGCCAGUCCUCGUCCUGCAGGCUGUCAUUCUCCCCCAGGGUUGCGAGGGCAACUGGCUCUACCCCUUUUGAUUGACGCAAUCGGCACGACAUCUUCCUCAUCAUCAUGGAAGCACAUGCUCCUCCUCCACCCCCACCAGCAAGGCUGCUGCCACAAACAGUUGGGCUUUUCACUAGCCCGGCUGUGGCAUUUAUUUUGCUGGUCCUCAACAAGAUUUGGGAUCCCAUCUUUGAUUGCUAUUGUUUCCUGCUUGACCCUGGCCGCCAUAUGACGGAUUAUAACCAUGCCGUACAAAGGGUGGUGGCGAUGAAACGUGAUUUCAAUCUCAGCGACCCAUCCCCUACUUCUCACCAGGGUGGCAAAUGGCUGGAGCGUGUAGUGCUAUUACAGAAGGACAAAGAAAUGAUCUGCAAGAGUUAUGCUGAAGGUGGAUUUUUGAAGAAAUGGUAUUAUAUCAGAAAAGCGAUUAAAGAGACUAAGAAGGCAGAUGACAUGGCCAGUCAAUUCAAGGAAAUCCUCGUGGAGUCAAAGCCAAGGCCACGCCCUGUUGCUAGAAUAUCACCAGGAGACCCAUUGGAGAUUAUGAAGACAUAUACAGAUAAGGUCGUUGAAUUUAUCAAAAAUGAAUCUGAAGACUCUAAACUGCUUGGAAUAUGGGGAAUGGCAGGAGUUGGCAAGUCGGUACUCAUAAGAAAUAUCUCUAUGUGCCACUCACAGUAUGCUGCUGCUGAUACCCCUUUCCAGAUUCUGUUCGUUGAUGCUGGUUCGGACAGCUCUAUCUGUAAGAUUCAAAAUGCACUAUUUGGCCUUCUGGGAUUGGCGCUAACGCCAGAUGUAACUGAAUCUGUGAAGGCAUUUACCAUCAGUAGUUACUUGAGUGAAAACAAUUUCUUGCUUCUGCUAGAUGAUGUUCGAGAGCCUUUUGAUCUUGCAAGAAUUGGCGUCCCUGUUCCAGACCCGGCCUCUGCUAUGUGCCGCAAGGUUGUCUUCACAACACGUACGCAUGCCAUAUGCGCUUCUAUGGGGUGUGACAGUAUUAUGCAGAUGUCAUGUCCAACUGAGGAAGAUGCUACUAAGAUUUUCAACUGUGCAGUGGGUACCAAGGCCUUGGAGGAUUCAAGGUUCUGUGCGGUUUCUUCUGUCUUAAUUAAGGAGUGUGGUCUGCUGCCGGAAGCCUUGCGCAAUGUUGGACUAUCAAUGUCCAUAAAAGACGGACCUGAACAGUGGGAACUAGCUGUAAAGCUGCUGAGACAGGCCAAGUUGCAUCUGGUUACUCAUAAAAAGGAUAACCUUUUUGAGAGGCUGCGGUGCAGUUACGAUGAGCUGGAAGCUAAAAUCAAAGAGUGUCUUGUCCUCAUCUGUUCCUUGUGGAGUGAAGAUGCAAAUAUUCCCAUCGACAGCCUCAUUCUAAUGUGGAUAGGCAUGGGCUUGUUGGAUGGCUUGAAUGCACAGAGAGAAGGAUAUGCUUACAUAAGAAUGCUUCAGCAGCGAUGUUUACUAGAGAAAGGGCAGAACACCCUCACUUCAAGUGAAGAUACUCAUGUUCGAAUGAACCCAAUGAUUCGCAAGGCCAUUAUAAAGACAUUGGAUAACAGGGAAGCGAACUGGUUUCCAGAUUUGCCUUGGAGAUCCUCAUUAACUGAGAAAACUUGGCUUGUAGCUCAGCGCGUCUGGGCAUCAGCAAAAGAUUUUGAGAUGUUUAAGAGGAAAUGUUAUCUGGAUCAGAAUAACAAAGAGAGAUCCAAGUUGCUGCAGUCUAACGUGACUGUGUUGGUUAGUCGCUGUGUUAUAAAAUUUGAUCUUUGCCAAUUUCACCAGCUUGUAUUUCUUGAUAUGGAGGGAGCCACUCUUCCAAAUUUCCCUGAACGAGUCACCAAGAUGAAUGCUCUAGAGUACCUCAAUCUGUCAUCCACGGGAUUAACCUCAGUCCCUUCUUCUUUGGGAGAUCUCUCAAAACUAAAGUAUUUGUUUCUCCGAAGGAAUCCUGAACUUGAGCAUAUACCGAUAGGGGUGAUUGCCAAGCUAAAGGAACUGAAAGUAUUAGAUCUGUUUGAUACUGGGUGCCUGCUCACAUCACUAAUAAAUGAGAUAAAGGAGCUAGAAAUGGAUUGCCUCAUGGCUGGGUUCACCGUGGAAACUGAAAAUAUAUUGAGGGAACUGAGAGAGCUCUCUGAAGUUUGCCCACUGUAUAUGUGCUUGUCCAGGUUUGAGACCGAAAAGGUUGAUCUUCUGUACUUGCUUGCAGACUUUGAUAAACUGCAUGAACUCCAAAUUAAGAGCUCUCAUCAUGUGCUUAAAUUAGUGUACACGGAUCUUGAGGUUCAAAGCACCCCAAAGAUUUUCACAUGCCUUGAGAGAUUUAUAAUUAGUAACCUGCCAAACCUUGUAUCUAUUGAUUUGAAACCCGAAGGGUUGAACAUUAAAUCAGUGAAGAUAUACAACUGUAACAAGUUAACAGACAUAACUUGGAUUCUGAACCUGGUUAAUUUAGAGGAGCUAGUUAUCAAGGACUGCUGCAGGAUGAGGACUCUCAUUUCUGCUAGUGCGGCAGAAGAAUUGGGACUGCCGAGAUUGAAAAGAGUUGAGCUUCAUGGUUUGCCUGAACUCCUUACCUUGUCAGAAGCAGCGCCUCUAUGUUUCAAAAGCGUAAUACACUGGUGUGUUUUUCAAUGCCGCAAAUUAUCCGGGUUGCCUAAGCCGCCGGCUCUGAAGAGUGUGUUACUAGACUGUGAUGUAGGCAUUUGGAAUAAAAUGUCACAAACUGGUGUGGCGGCUCAGUUCGCUGAAAGAGUACAUCUUUAGAGUUUGCUUGUGGAAAGUUUGAGGAUGCCAAUGGAAUGAGGUUAAUGUGAAGACCCUUGUUGCAGUCUAUGUGUUCCAGAAUGGUAGCAGAAAGAUUUUGUUUCUAUACAAUUGACAGUGAAGGAAUUUUGCAAAACAUUCAAUGCUUGCUUGUAUUGUUUGAUGAUGUGCCGAACCCUACGGUCUCUAUCUUGACACGCUGAGAUAUCAUGCACGUGUCUCUUGUUAACUUGUAAUAGAGCACAAAGCAUAGUUAUGGUGGAAUCAUCCUGGUGGAUUUGCUCUUGACCUGGAGAUGGAUGUUUAUGUUUUGAAAUAUAUUCUCUUGUAUGGAAUAUUGCCUUUUCUGCUAUUGUAAAACUGCUGGAUACAUUUGUUUGUUUUUGUGGGU